AUGGAGGGAGUUUGGGACAUGCAAGCAACACAAUAUUUGUUAUCGUCCUCAUGUUGCAAAGAAAGUGACCCUAGAUCACAGAACUGCCUUCUUGGUUCUCGAUCUGAAUUUUUUGGUCGAGCUGCUCCUCUCUCCGUUUUUGGUCGAGCAGCUCCUCUCUUCAUCGCCUUCUUCUUCGUUGCUCGAUCUGGAUUCAUGAUGGAUGUUGUUUUUCUGAUGGUUAAGUAUGGUGAUCAAGUGUUGCCGAUCAAAGUUUCAGAUGAUUUUAAUUAUAAUGUAUUGUUGCGUAGUAUUGUUGAUAAAUGGAGUUGUUUGGAUUCUAACAACUUCCAUUUGCUUUAUUCAAUACCUGCGUAUACUGGGUGCUCUUUGAGGAAUGAUGAAGAAUUUCGCACAAUGAUAUCGUUGAUUUCUGUUUUACGUUUGCAGCUUGUGGAAGUUGUUGUCACAGUUGACAUUGGUGGUUUGACUGGGAGUGUUGCUAGUGUGUCAAAUGUAAAUGUCCAUGUGAAUAAUUUUGGUGAUGCUGAAACUAUUGAUGAGAGUGAGGAGGUUUUUAGUAGUAGAAUUUGUUCUUCUUCUAAUUCUCGUCCUUUGCUUUCGUCUUCUUGGGCUAGUUUUAUCACUCAUGUUGGGCAGGGGUUUGAUGGAGGUGUAGCUGAUUUUAGGAUUUCUUUAAGUAAAUAUUCGAUUGAAAGAGGGUUUAAGUUUGUUUAUUUAAGGAACAAUGAGGAGAGGGUGGAUGCCCAUUGUGCAAACAAGUAUUCUGAAGGAUGCAAUUGGUUCGUUCGUGGUUCUUUGUCUAAAGUAAAUGGUGUUUUCUACAUUAGGAAGUUGUGUAAUGUGCAUACUUGUACUGUAUUGUUGAGGAGGGACACGAGCUUAAGGAUGAGUUCGAAACUAAUAUCUGGUUUGAUUGUUGAUAUUGUGAGGAGUAAACCUUCUUUGACCCCGAAUGAUGUUGUUUCUCAUUGUCUUUCAAGCUAUGGUUGUAUUGUUUCCUAUGACAAGGCCUGGGGUGCUUUGGAGAAAGCAAAAGCUUUUAUUUUUGGUGACUCUUCUGAAUCCUACAAGCAGUUAGGAUGGUAUGUUAAUGCAACUAGGUCUACUAAUCCCGGGAGUCAUAUUGUUUUAGAACUUGAUGAAGCUUCAAAAAAAUUUCAGCGUUUGUUUGUUGGUCUUUCUGCUUGCAUACAUGGUUUUUCUCACUGUCGUCCCAUGUUGUUUCUUGAUGGGACUUUUUUGAAAGGUCGUUUUAAAGGGAUAUUGUUGUCUGCGACUGGAAAGAAUGGUAACCAAGGGUUGUUUCCAUUGGCUUUUGCGGUUGUAGAUGCGGAAAAUCUUGUUAAUUGGUUGUGGUUCUUGGAGCAGUUACGUAUUGUGGUUGGUGAUUCCAGGACUAUUACUUUUGUUUCUGAUCGUAACCUUGGUCUUAUGGAAGCGUUGCCAAAAGCAUUUCCUAGUGCCAAUCACUUUUUUUGUUUACAACAUUUGAAACAGAAUUUGAGAGAUAAAUUUAGUCGUGGGGCAUUUAGUAACAAACAAAGGGAACGAAUGGUAUGGUUGUUUCGGGAGUGUGCACAUGCUCCUAGUGUUUCAAUACUUAACGAUAAUUUGAUGAAACUGAAAAAUGAGGGUGGGGUGAUUGUUGACAACUUUUUGGCGGAUUUGCCUUUAAAGUGUUGGACGAAUGCCUAUAGCGUUGGAUGUCGGUAUGGUGAGAUGUAUUCCAAUGCCGCUGAAUCGUUUAAUGCUUGGAUACUUGAUUGUAGAGAUUUGCCUAUUACUCAGAUGGUUGAUAAGAUCAGAGUUAAACUUAUGGACUGGUUUUAUGAAAGGAAUACUGAAUCUGGUUCGUGGAGCGGGGUUUUGUGCCCUAAGAUGGUAGAAAAGCUGCAGAAGUAUGUCGAUGAAUGUCGGCCUUGGAUUAUUCAUAGAGCAUCUGAUAGCAAAUUUGAAGUUGUUUCAGAUCCUCCCCAUGGUGUAGAUAUUUCUUCAUGUAAAUGCUCAUGUGGUAUGUGGAGUCUUAAUGGUUACCCAUGUGUGCAUGCGGUCAAGGCAAUAAGUAGGUGUGGCAGGCCUAUUGAAGAAUUUGUUCCCUACUAUUUCCAUGUUUCAGCUUUCCGAAAGUCAUAUGAAGAGCCGAUUCAUCCCAUUCCUGCUUCGUUGAGUGUUGAUUUUAAGGAUGAAAACUUUGAGAUUUUACCUCCUGUUACAAAGAGGCAACCUGGAAGGCCUAGAAAGAGGCGCAUUAGAUCAAGGGGUGAGGAGGUACGAAGGAUUCGUUGUGGUAGGUGCGGAAAGUUAGGCACCCACAAUAGGAAAUCUUGCAAGGAGCCUUUAGCUUAG